AUGGCGCCCAGUAAAGGAGUCUUACUGGCACACACAGACUUUCCGUUAUACACGGUCCGUUCUCUGGAUGAGAGACAUUUUCUUGUUGCCGGCGGAGGCGGGCAAGCUAAGACAGGAAUUGCAAAUGCUAUCGAGAUCUAUGAGCUGACAGUGACCAAGGAUGGUGUAGCAGGCUCCAGCAUUGCCCGCCAUGACACAGAUAAGCACGCUGUAAUGAAUAGUUCGUCAUUUUAUGAUGGCCGCAAUCAUCAUCUGGCGACUGGACAAGAUGAAUUUUGUCGCACCUAUGCGAUUAAAUAUAAAGUAGUUACUCCAAACAAGGCAGAUACAGGUACCGCUGAUGGUGCCAAGAAACGGAAACCAGAGAAAUCUAGUGCCACAGAAAGUUCGCUGGUGGCCGAUGGUGGGGACAAGAAGCAGUUAACAUUCCAGAUAGAAGAGACGGGUUGCGUAGCUACAGAUUUUUCCUCUGAUGGAGGUUUCCAGAAAUGUGUGAGGUUUUCUCCAGACUUCAGACAUCUGGCCACAGCUGGAGCAGAUGGAUUUUUGAGAGUGUGGAAGUACCCAGAGCUAGUAAAAAUUUGGGAGGUUGAAGCACACACAAAUGAAAUAGAUGAUCUGGAUUUCUCUCCGUCCGGCACACAGAUAAUGACUGUGUCUCGUGACAAGAGCGGGUGUGUCUGGCACUCACUGGAUGGGAAGAAGAUCUCAGACUUGGCUUGGACACACAAAACCACAGUUCCUUACAGAUUCCGAGCUUGCAGAUAUGGUCUGAUAGAAGGCAAGAAAGACAAGUUUAAUUUUUAUACAGUCAAUAUUCCUGUCACCCGAUCGGCAAAAUCUCCCUGUUACAUCUCUUCCUGGGACAGCGGCAAAUACACUUUGAGGAAAGCCGUCAGUGCUGGGGCAGACAUGGUUUCAGCUUUUGCUGUCAGUACUGACGGCAUAUAUCUGGGUGUAGGCUACAUCUCAGGAAGUGUAUCUGUUUAUAUCUCAUUUAGCUUACAGCGGUUGUACCAUGUCAACGAAGCACACAGUAUAUUUGUGACAGGCGUGGAGUUUUUGCCGUCUUCGGAAGUAGCUAAAGCCAUAACAGGAAAGCAGGAUUUCAACUUGUUGAGUAUAUCUGCUGACAACACUGUCCGACUACAUCAGUGUCCCGAAAGAACCUCAUUUAACCCAGUUGUGAUCAUCCUGGCAGUUGCGUUAAUGAUUUUCCUGUUGUUUUACCUGAUGGCUGAACUUGGAAUUUAA